GGAUCCUUCCAUUUAGUAUUUGUACUCGCACGGACUAGACCAGAAGAACACCGCCAAACAGUCGGGAAACGGAUAUGAAGUCUCUUCACCGCGUUAGGUAUUCUGGGGUGCAAUGGACGACAGCAACGCAGUGAAGCUCUUUGUUGGGAAUCUGGAUUUGGAAACCACACAAGAUGACCUAAUAGCACUUUUUGCCCCUUAUGGAGAAGUGGUGCACAUAACUGUAUUGAGGCAGUUUGCCUUUGUCCAUCUGCAGGGAGAAGGGGCUGCUGACCGUGCCAUCCGUGAUCUGAAUGGUCGAGAGUACCGUGGCCGGAGCCUUGUAGUUGAGGAAUCCAAAGGGAGGCCUCUCAAUUCCACCAAAGUAUUUGUGGGGAACCUGUGCGCUUCCUGUUCAGUUGAAGACCUGUAUGAUCUCUUCUCGGCUUACGGCAAAGUUCUCGAUUGUGAUAAAGUAAAGACAAAGCCCUCCUCGUUAACAGGCUACGCCUUUGUGCACAUGGAGCGCAAAGAGGAUGCAGAACAAGCCAUUGAGGGUCUUCACGGGACCUCAUAUAUGGGACGUCCACUGGCAGUGGAGCUCUCGAAGGUUCAGCCGACCACAAACAAGGUCCCGUGUGCCAGCUGCGGUGCGCACGGCCACUUUGCAGGAGAGUGCCCGAUCAACAGGCCUUCAAUGGAGCACCACCAGAGUCAGGCUGCUGUCUUGGCUGCUGCUGCCGCCGCCGCCGCUGGUCUUCCCCUUCAGGUGCAGCAGAGUGUCCACAACUCUUUCUACAACACUGCGAGCACUGACCCAACAUUUGCGGCUCUGAAAGACUUGACCACUUCCAGGGUUGAUGGCAAACCCGUAAGCGCCGCGGUCUAUGGUGCCCUGGCGAGCCAAGUCUACAGUUCUGUCGCAGACCAGGUGAUGAACACAAUGACGAGCCCAGCUGCGGACGGCUACCCCGCCGAAGUAGAAGCACCUCCGGGCGCUGCCGCAGUUAACCCUGCCGCCGUUAACCCUGCGUAUGCAGCAAAUUCCUCUAUGUACGGUGCCAGUCCAGCUUAUGGGACCAUGGGAGGCACGGAAGCUAACCCACAAGCCAUCUUUGAAGCCGCUCGGGCCCGAUUCUUUGAGCAGGGACAACAAGUUCUGGCCGAACAGCAGGCAGUGACCAAAUCUGACCGAGACCGAAGUCCGAUACGACGUUCAGCCCCAUUACUGCCUGAUCCAGUUCCCCAGCCGUUCUCCCAGACGCGUCCAAAACGACGGGCACUGCUCCCAACACCUCCUGGUGGUCCAGAACUACCCGCAGUUAAAAAUGGUGACCCAAUUGCCAGGUGUUAUGCCGAGUACUACCAGCAGUACCAGCAGUAUCAACAGUACCAACAAUACCAGCAAUACCAGCAAUAUCAGCAGUACCAGUACAGCUAUCCACCGCCACCACCCCCUCCGAUGCCCAUGAUGCCUCCAGGCCCUAUGGAUGUGCAACAGAUGGCUGCCCCUGGCACAACUGCUUCACCAAGAGUGUAUGAGCCAACUUCAACACACAAGGAGCCCCUCCUACGCCGUCCUGAUUACCCUCAGCAACACACAUCUGAGUCCCCAUAUCGAUAGCCCCCACCACCUCAUGAGCGUGUGCAAGGGUGCUUGGUUGUGAAAAUGUGAGCGUGUGUCAGUUUCGGUCCUACAUGAUAAAAGAACUGGAGGAAAGGAAUGAAUUGAAUGAUUAAUGCUACAUCAAACCCAGUUACUGUAGUUUCGCAGUUAUCUUUCCCCCCCUCAUAAUGUUAGAUGUCAUUAUGUACAGAAUGUAGACGUUUACAAGGCCAUGAAAGUUUUGAUUCUGAGCUACUUGGUUUGUUUUUUUUUUGUUUUUGUUUUUUUUUCCUGAAGUGCUCAGAAUUACAUCAGCUGUCACUUUUAUAGAUAAAAUACUGUUUGACUUUGUCGGGUCAGACGUUCUGAAGUCAAAUGACUGUGCCUUGUGAAAAUAAACCUUUUUUUGUGUACAGACUUUUGUAAAACCAAGUACUUCAGAUCAGGUACAGUUUUGUUAAAUUCAAGGAAAGAACAAGCCUCGGUCAAAUAUAUUAAUCCAAAUUGUUGUCAGUGUAUUAUAUUUGGAUUGGACUGAUGUUAAAUUUCACAGCGAUUAGGAAUACAGUGUAGUUUAGCUAGAAUGUAAAGAGGACCUGUGUGAAGUGUGUGUGUGUGUGUGUCUGUGAGAGAGAGAGAGUGUGAGAACACAAUGUUAACUGAUUCAUUAGCUUACACAUGAGCACCACAGUCACAUACACAUCAGGCCUUUUUCGUAUAUUCCUAUUUGAGUGAGGGAGGGUGGGCAUUUGGGCAUAUUAAGGUGAAUCAGUACCAAACAAAUCCACGAAUCCUGUACUUAAAUGCUCUAACCACUGCCUCACUAGAGCAGAUGGUUAAACAUGCCCAGUUUGACAACUUUAAAGCUGAUAUUAAAAGCCGUUGGAAAAGAGAGGGCAAGAAUAGAUUCAUUACAAAAGGGACACGCUUUUUUUUUUCUUUUCUUUUUUCGUCACUCGAGAGGCAUAUUCUUUUUAAACGUUUUCCAUUCGGAUACCUCUAUUGACUCUGAAUGAGUUCAAGAUGACGUUGUUGCUAAAUAGCAAGCAGAACUGGUUCUAUAGCCUGCCAGUAGCGAUUAUGCAUGUUUCGCAGGAUUUUAAGUGCAAACGACUGCCAUCUCUGGCUUUGCAUCCCUCUCUUACAUGGACCGAAUACUUGGGAGUAUUACGGGAAAUCCCGCAAAUGACCUUAAAAAAAAAAGAAUGAAGAUUUUACGUUCUUUUUGUUUCUUCUGAAAAUAGCCCCAUGCAAUUACUAUUAUGUUUCUCUGACCAUUUAUUUUGUUCACAUUUACAUUUAUCAUAGUCUCUUUAUCCUUAGAGUCAUGUGAAUUGGUUGAUUUCAGGGGCUUUGGGGUGGAAACACUUAGAUGUUUAGGGACGGGGAGUGUGAAACCUGUUCAGGCCUGACGUAUAGCUAGUUGAGGCAAUUGGUUCUAAGAGUGGGGGGAAAAAACAGUCAAGUGCUUCAUACAAUUGUAUUUUUUUUUUUUCUUUUUCUUCUUAAGGAAAAAAUGUGUUGUCCCAGUUCAUGAGCAUUUUAGGCAAUUCAAUUAAACAUUCAUGUUAUGACAUUAUAAACUGAAAGUGUGUGAAUAAUUCAUCCAGGAUAAAGUCCAUUAGCACUAGAUUUUUCAAUCUUUAAUGAAGGGAAUCUACCCAAAAUUACAUAGCAUCUGCAAUAGGUCUUUGAAGCCACGUAGAUGUUGUGACAGUUGUGUAGCUUCCCUUCAGAUAGCCUUCAGUGCAUAAUGAUUGAAAUUUGGAAGAUAUGGUCAAGAGAAUGGUGUGUUUAAUCAUGUUAUGUAUGUCCUCUUUUCCUAGAAUGCCCCUCAGGCAGUCUUCAGUCUUUCAUUCCAAAGAAACAUGGUGGGGUACACACACAAAUCUCACAUGUAACCCAUAAUUUCACCACUCUGUAUUCGACUUGAUCUCUUUAUUUAAACCUCACAGGCAAACAUCCACUGUAGUAUUAAUGUUCUCAAUUUGAUGUGUGAUAGAAUGCAGAUGAAAAGGUGGCGGCGGUGUAGCUUUUUGCAGCACACCAGAGCUCCACACGAAUAACUCUACACAGUAAAUGAUUUGAUCUGUUUUGUAUUAUUAUAAAUAGUGCAUGUUUCUUGUUAUUAUUACUGCUGUUCCAGCCACAUUUUCCCUUUUCGCUAACUACAGCUAUAAAGGCUCCCGGGCCUCAGGACGCCAAGUUGAGCAUGACGGGGGAAGAGAAUUAGCGCCCCACAAUGCCUCGGACGUGCUCCCCACUAAGGUAAAGCCAUUUGCCCCCAACCACGCCUGCACCUCGAUUAUACACUUCCCCAUGAUUCUAGCACAGCUGCUUAGAGAAGCUCAGAUCAGGCCCACAUACUGACAACACAGUCAACAUAAUGGGGAUGGCACUUGUUUUCUGAUAUGUGGUUGGAUCAGUGCCUGUUGAGUGGGAAUUAAUUUUUGUUUUAAUGGCCUGGAGCAGUAGAAUCACCUCUUUCUGCUUCCCAAAAUGCUCAUGGUUAUAUCUACUGCAUUACUCAUUUAUAUAUUGACUCUUUUGGCUCCAUAUUCUCACGAUAAAAGGUUUUAGUGCCUUUUCGCAGUAUGCUUUCAAGAUGAGCUGGAAAUAUUUUUUUUUUUUUUUUUUAAACAAUUUGAGGGAAGAAUGGCUGACAUUUGCCUUGGCUUGUUCUCUGGCAUUUAGUCUUUUUGAAGCACUUCCAGUUGGCGAGAUGAGGCGCUUCAUCUAUGCUUUGAGUACUUAAGAAGGGUGCAGAGAUGACCAAAAGUAGGGCAAUGGUCUUGUAGGUGAGUAACCAACGCGUCCAGCUCACAUCCACCUCAACUUUGUCUACUGCCACAGUUUCAGCGUCACAAGAUCAUAGAUUCCACUGCAAACACUGAUUUCAGGUUUUACUUCAAGAAAUCGGUUCAUAUGUUUUCCUGCCAAAUUUAGACUUGAGUAUUUUAGGGAUUUCUUUUCCCCUUCAUUCUCUCAGGGUAAGAAUUGAGCAUGAUUUUUAUUUUUAUUUUUGCCCACAAACAGGAAGUAACAAAUCUUUUUCAGUUUAACCUAGGGACAGUCUGCUAUGAAUUUGUCAGAAAAUAAAUCGGUGAGUGUUUGUUAAAGGUAAGCCUAUGUAGUCACACAAACGUUACUUAAACCAUGUUCCUGCCUACAAUUUAUAUUUUUCAAAUCAGUUUAUUCAUUCCUCCUAAUCUUCAAGGUUUUGACCUAAAAUCUCAUUCAAUUUUUCGAACCGAACGCUCUACAUUUAUGCGCAUUGUUUUACUGACUUCCUCACAAUUUUCCAACGACCUAGAGUUUCAUCUCAAAUUUAGAGGUGCUUUUUGAAAAGUUGGGCAGUGGAGCAUUACUUGUAAAUAAACUAUGAUUGUAGGUUAUCCAGAACUGAAAUACUCAGUGAUUCAGGGAUGUUUGAGUAUCGUUGAUCUUUUUUUUUUCUAGGUCUGAAUGGGCAACUUUCAUUGUGGUUUAUGUAAAUGUCAAAGUCAGAGGGAUCGUAUUCCUAAAGUUUUUAUUAUUAUUAUUAUUAUUAUUAUUAUUAUUAUUAUUAUUAUUUGCAAAGUGGCUUUAGUGCCAUAUUUGUAUUUUCUUUUUGUGAAGUUCAAUAAACAAUGCUUAAAUCAUA